GGUCUACCUUUAAAACCGUAGCAAAAUGACGAAAGCUUUCAUAAAUGCUAAAGACCCUUUUAAAACCAUGCUUAAUUUAAAUGGAUUGUAGGCUAUUGCUUUAAAAGUUAAACAUUUGUUUAAAUGUUAGACAUGUUGAUCUUCGUGGAGAAUCGGUUUUAUGGUUAAUGAAAUGGGAGAUUAGAGAAGGAAAAAUGUUUGAGAUGUGAUGUGGUCACGAGGAGAUCCCUGCAGUCACGCGCUCACGCGGUAUUUAAACUCCGUGUCCAGAACAAAUUUCUCUCUAAACGGGAAUGACACACAUAAACCAAAAUCAUUUGUACAAUUUUGCGGUGUAUAAGGCCCGUGCCCGCGGUGUUUUGUAGCUUCUGGAGUUGAAUUUGAGUACCCGCCUGUCAUAUUUUAAAGAUGGUUUCGGUGUUCUGUGAAGCUUUGUAGUUUUUGGAGAUAUUUUUUAAGUCACUUUCUUUUUAAAUCAUUUAUAUCUUCCAAGAAGAUGUGGAGAUUUUAUGCCGUUUUUCUUCUGGGUUGUGCGCUCGGGCACGUGCGCGCUCAAUUCCCACGCGUGUGCGUGACUCCGGAGGGACUCAGGAGCGCGCAGUGCUGCCCUUCCCCGUCAGGUCUGGAAAAUGAACCGUGCGGCGCGAACUCCGGGCGCGGGCAGUGCGUGGACGUGAGCGCGGACGCGCGUGCGCACGGGCCGCAGUACCCGUACGACGGACUUGACGACCGCGAGCGCUGGCCUCUGCGCUUCUUCACGCGCGCGUGUCGGUGUAACGGGAACUUCAGCGGGUUUGACUGCGGCCGCUGCAGACACGGAUUUACCGGAGACGCGUGCGAGCAGCGCGUUCCCGUGGUCAGGAGGAACGUGAUGCAGCUGAGCUCGGAGGAGAAACGCGCCUUCGUGAACGCGCUGGACCAAGCCAAGCGCACUCCACACCCGGACCUGGUGAUCGCGGCGCGCCGUUACGCGGAGAUCUUCGGGCCGGACGGGAACACGGUACAGUUCGAGAACAUCACCAUCUAUAAUCUGUUCGUGUGGACGCAUUAUUACUCCGUGAGAAGAACGUUCCUCGGAACCGGAGAGGACAGUUUCGGCGGGGUGGACUUCAGUCACGAGGGGCCCGGGUUCGUCACGUGGCACCGGUACCAUUUACUGCAGCUGGAGCGAGACAUGCAGGACAUGUUGGGAGACGCGAGCUUCGCUCUGCCCUACUGGAACUUUGCGAUCGGAGGCAGCGAGUGUGACAUCUGUACAGAUGAUCUGCUGGGAGCUCGCAGCUCCUUCGACAUGAACUCCAUCAGCUCCAACUCCAUCUUCUCCCAGUGGAGAGUCAUAUGUGAGAGCGUGGAGGAGUAUAACUCGCUCGGAACCAUCUGCAACAGUUCGGAGAGCAGUCCCAUCAGAAGAAACCCUGCGGGUAAUGUUGCUCGUCCGAUGGUGCAGCGUCUGCCGGAGCCGCAGGAUGUGGCGGCUUGUUUGGAGGUCAACACGUUUGACACGCCGCCCUUCUACUCGACGUCCUCUGACAGUUUCAGAAACACCAUUGAAGGUUACAGCGCCCCUCAGGGGAAUUAUGAUCCAGUGGUGCGUAGUCUACAUAACCUUGCCCACCUGUUUCUAAACGGGACCGGCGGACAGACACACCUGUCCCCCAACGACCCUAUCUUUGUCCUGCUUCACACCUUCACCGACGCCAUCUUUGAUGAAUGGCUGCGCAGACACAGUCCGGAUUCCUCCGUCUAUCCGCUGGAAAAUGCCCCCAUCGGUCAUAACAGAGAGUUCAAUAUGGUUGCCUUCUGGCCACCAGUAACAAACGCAGAGAUGUUCGCCACAGCGUCUGAGAACCUCGGCUACUCCUAUGAGGUGGAGUGGCCAGCUCGUGCUCUCACUCUGACUGAGAUCAUCACCGUCGGUGUGGUCGCCGCUCUCAUCGCCGUUGCGGUUAUUUUCGCCGCCACCACGUCUGUGGUUCGCUCGCGCUCUGACAGGAGGGAAGGCCGACAGCCGUUGCUGGGAGACCAUUAUCAACGCUACGAUGAUAAAACACAGUCUGUAGUGUAAAUGUGUCGUGUUAGUGUUGUAAACACUUAUUAUAUUAUAGGCUAUAUUUUAUUUUAUCAGACCUGUCUCUGUGAAAGUUGCCUAUCUGUCAUUUCGUUUCAGUUUUACAUUGCAAACAUGUCAAUAUUUAAGUAUAAAAAAAUGUCAAAC